GCAACACUUUCAUCAUGUACAAGGUUUCGAUCAUCUGCUGCCUGCUGUUGGGCCUGUUCCUGGCCCUCAGCUCCGCCUACAAUGGCCAAGACAUCUAUGCCGAGCCCAAUUGCGCCAUUGUCGAGGAUCACGCUCGCAAGUUCCGCGACAUCUCGGACCCCACCCACUACUGGGUGUGCCCCGAGGGUCAGGAGAAGGCUGACUACAUCCAGUGCCCGGACAACUACGCCUUCAUGGAGCAGCAGCAGAACUGCGUCGUCUGGGAGGAGUGGAAGUGGGUCGAGCCCUACACCAAAUAAACAGCCAACUUUCGCACUCUUGCUGAACGUCUAAGCCGUUUAUGUUUCCUUUCUGCCGCCAAGUUUUGAUUGGAUUCGAUUGGAUUUACGGCUCAGUGGUGGUUGGAUCAGUGGUGGUGCAAAUAAAUUAAUUAUGUGUCCUGGCACACAGUCAAACAACUCUAUGUUUACUCAAGGGAUUUUUUUUUACCCUGCUUUUAAUAUGUGAACGAGUUAUCUCUUUUUCACAUUUUUUCUAUAUUUUUCCAAUAUUUUAUCAGAUGCUUACAACUGAUUGCACCAUCUUGUACUCCACACAAAUCAAAGUAAAAUUCCAUAACAGCCCAGCAGCAAUCUAAAAGCUCAAGUCACCUUAACCUAAGUAUAUUGUAUAACC